UCGUUUGGCCAAUGUUACCAAUCAAUUGAAAUGGUCGCUGAUUCCGAUAAUCAUCAAAUUAAUGGUGAACCAAUGACCAUGACAAUUAAUCAUUCCAAUCGGGAGAUGACCAUGUUUAUGAAUAAUAUGGAUGGUCAUCAUUAUGAGAACCUAAAUGUUUAUCAUUCUAAUCAUCAGAAUAAUCAUCAAAUUACCAAUGGUAAAAGUGUAAAUUCAUAUCUAUCCAAGGAUCGAUCUAAUUCCGCUAAUAGUUAUUCAUUGGAAUCAAAUUCGAGUGGUAGUAAUACAAAGGAAUCUUCAUCCUCACCUCUAUCUGGUGGUGGUUCUAAUGGUGGAAGUUGUGGUGAUGAUACACACGGAGAUGAAUUACAAUAUGGACCUGGAAUUGUGGACAAAUUGAGAUCGAAAUUUUUACAAUACAGUCUACAAACAUCUACUAGAACCAAUGGUUACCACCGGUCAGUUGUUAAAAGAUGUUCUUCUCUUGAAAAUUUGGCCGAUAGAGAUUCACCUUCAUCUUCACCCUUAUUCCACCAUAGUACUUGUAAUGGUAACAAUUAUGGCCUUCGUAAAGGUCCUAAUUAUGUUAAAUACCAUCAACAUAAUCAUUUAACAAGCAAUAAUAAUAAUAAUAAUAACAAUAAUCAUCAUCGAAACAAUCACAAUAACAACACUACCAAUAAUCAAAUUAAUCAUAAUCAUAAUCAUAAUCAUUACUCUUCACAAUCUAAUCAUACCAAAGGUAAUAAUCACAAUGGUGUUGAUUCUGGUAUAGACUUAAAUGGAAGUGCUAGUGAGGGUGUUGGUAUAAUUAAUAAUAAUAUUAACAAAGGAUCAAUUAAUGGAACAUUUCAAUCAUCAUCUUCUACUCCAACACCAACCAUAGCACCAGAGAAACGAAACUCUUGUUGCCUCAUAGGUUCCCGGACGAUAAAUGGUUUUACAUCAUCGUCAUCAUCAUCAUCAUCAUCAUCAUCCUCUUCUUCAUCCUCUUCAUCUUCAGGGAGAAAUUAUAGAAAACAUGAACAACAGCCAAUUAAAAAUAAUCAUUACCAUCAUUUAAAUCAACAUUCAUCCAUCUAUCAUAACCACAAUCAUCGAUAUAAUUGUGAUGGACUAUUGAAAAGAGCCCAAAGCGUUGAGACUCUCCUAUUAGAAUCAAGGAACUCAACUAAAUCAACAACUUCUAAUUCUAAUUCUACUUCAUCAGCUUCCACUUUCACUGAUUGUAAUAAUAUUAAUUAUAAUAAUUCAAAUAAUUCAAAUCUAAAUUCAACUCGACUAACUUCACCUACUUGUAAUUUAAACUCUACUUCUACUUUUUCGUCCAACAUUUCAGGAUCUGAAAACUGUGAACCUUUACCAUUACCAUUAACAGUUUCGUCGACUAAUCAACAACAAUCAAGAUUUCAGUCAACCAAUAAUAAUAAUCGAGCCAGUGUUAAUUCACCACCACCACCACAAACAACAACAACAACAACAACAAUACCAAGUAACAAGGUUAACAGUGUCUCUCAAGUUAAUAAUCACCUUGUGAUCAAGCAACAAGAUUUUCUUGAUACUGUUGCCACCAACACUCAUACCAGCAUCUACAAUACAUGUAAGAAAAUGUCCUCGGAGGAUACCAAUACUAUCGUUGUUGAUAGUUUACCACCACCAAGUGAAAUGAAACACAAAUCUUCAACACCAUCAACCUUAACCUUAGAUAAAAAAAUGAUCGCUGAUAUAACAACAGUAAACAACAACAAUAGUGAUCAAGUUAAUCAUGGACCCCGGAAAUUGGCUCAAGAUGAAUUACCCAAACCGGAUACAGUUAAAAAUUGUAAGAAAAUAUUUGAAACUAAUUCAGUUUCACCAACACCUUUAACUGGACCAUUGUCACCAUCAUCAUCAUCUAAUCAACCAACAACACCACCAACUAAUGAUAACAGUUCAAGUAACAUAAACCACAACAACAACAACAACAAUAAUGAUAACCAUUCAAAUUGUUCACCAAAUGAAAGUGAUUCCCGCAAUAAUAAUGGUACACAAGCUUAUCGUAAAGGUGGAAUCUAUGGUUCAUCUAAUAGUGCCAUUCGUCGUAAGCCUCCAGUUUUGAGUAGCAUCGAGAAAAAGAUCACAGUUAAUAAAGUAACGAUUAAUAAUAAUCAUAACACCGCCAACAACAAUAAUCAUAAUAGUAACAACAAUCGAUUGAUUAACAAUUCAGGAACAAGCUCUUCACCAACAUCUCCAGCACUUCCACCAAAACCACCUUUCCUGAUCACCAAGAAAUCACCUUUAAACGUUGAAUUAAACCAUGUGAAUGUUAACAAUUAUUCAAGUGCCAUAAAGCCAAUCGGUAAAUUGUCACCAAAUGAAUCAAAUAAGAAUAAAAUUAACAGUGGAAAAUCAUCAUCAACAAUCAAUGGAUCUAAAGAUUCAACAACUCACAAUAAUAAUUCAUCAAAAAGUUUGGUUAACAAAAGUAAACCUUCAUUGCCAUCACAAUUAACACUUAAGCCAAAGUUAAUUAACUCUAAAUCAGAUGAAUCAUCGCCACCUUCAUCUCGAUCAUCUUCCUCAUCUUCACCAUUGUUAUUAUCACCAUCAUCUUCAUCAUUUGUCCCACCGUCACCUUUAAUUUCAAAUGGUUCAAAAAAGUGUAUCAAUGGUGAUGAUUUAAAUUCAACAACAAUUAAAAGUAAUGAUGGUGAUACAAUUGAUGGUUGCCCAUUGAUUUCAAGUCAACAAUUAAAAUCAACAAAAAUGUCUACAAUUAAUCAACCAUAUUCACCAUCUCUCGAUGAGGAAAUAGAUAAAUCUUUAAUCAAUAAUCACAAGAUUAACUCGGAUCAAAGAUCAACAUCAACAGUGUCAACAACAACCAGCUCAAUGAUAACCAAUAAACCAAUUGCCAAUAUUAAACCAAUACAAUUAGAUUUAAAUGAAGAUCAUCAUAAUCGUUGGAAAUCAACAAUUAAUAACAGCAAAUGCGAUGAAAAAUCAACUGAGAAAGUUUUUCCACCAUUGAAUGUGACCAACACUCUCAAUAGUAAUAAUCAUAAUUUAAUUACUAAGGAUCAAACAAAUAAUGAUUUUAAUUGCCUUCCCAGUGAAACUAAGUUAACUUCAUCAUCACCAACAGCAACAACCAUUACAAGUGAAUCAACUAAUCACCAUAAUAACAAUAACAAUAAUACUAAUAAGGAUAGGAAUAAAAUUAAUCACUCUAUCAAUAAUAGUAAACCAAUUUCUAAUAAUAAAAGGGUUGAAAUUGUUGAGAAGACCAUUAAUAAUACACCAAUGAUUAACAAAGAAAAUCCAACCAAUGGACCAAUUAAAUCUCGUUGUUAUCCCUCAUCAUCAUCAUCAUCAUCAUCAUCUCCACCAACGAUAACAUCAACAGUCACAUCUAAACCUCAACCAUCAUCGGGAACCACAAUGAUUUUUGAUUUUCGAGGUAAAAAUGUUAAGGCCAAUGUGGCCGUUCAUAGUCCACCUUUUUCCGUGGUUCGUCCUCCAUCAUCAUCAUCAAGUAUCGGUGGUCGAUCUGAUGAUAAUGAAGAUGAUUACAAUUACACCGGAUCAACGGAAGUACCAAAGCCCAGUGGAAUCACAUUUAAGGGUGAAAAUAUAAUCAUCGACGGUGGAUCAAUGUUAAUCAAACGUAAUAAGAAGUUAACAAUUUCGUUUGAUGAUAAGGCUACAUCGACAUUUGAAUAUCCAUCGGAAGCAUCAUUCAUUGAAGAAUCCAUGACAAUCAAUUUUGGAUCUAAUUGCCAACAAUUAACUAAUCCAGAUGAAUCUGUGAUACAACAAUCAACCAAUGGAUCAAGUCUUAAAAACAAUACAACCUUAGGAGGAGCUUUUUCAGGCGGAUUGGCUUCAUACAAACCAACAUUUCUAUCAAGUGAAUCCACUUCAUUUCAAUUGGGUGUUUCCAGGGUAAUUAAAGGUGAAAGUGAUAAUAUUAAAUCAUCAAAUAGUGAUUUAAUUAAUGAUGAUGAAUCUAAUCAAUCAGCUGAUCAAGAUGAUACAUCAUUUGGUAUGAUUAAACCAGCUGAGCCAAGUGAGACAACAUCAUGGUCAACAUCAUCAACAGCACUUGAUUUGUUAUUUUAAUUGGGUCAAAAUUAACUAAUUGUGCAAAUUAAACUUUAUUGAUGAUGAUAAUGAUUAGUGAAUUAAGUUAAUCAGCAAACCAUGAGAAAGAGGAAAUGAUUAAGAGAGAGGAAAGUAAAAAGAAACCUUUUAAAUUGUUUAACAACAACAACAAAAAGAGACCAAA